AUGAUUCAGGAAGUAGCUUCCAAUCUUGCAGACACGUUGCGCCGCCACGGAUGGGCCUCGGAGCUCGCAGGCAUCCUCCCGCUCUCAGCCCUCAUCGACUUUGUCGCUAUCCCGCCCAAGCUGCACGUCCUCGAGCUCUCCGGUGCCGUCCCGCUUUGGAGCUGGGUCAUCACCCCGGCAGGUAGCCGUGUGCUACUUGCGAGACGGCCUCAGUUUGCUAGCCCGGGCUGCUGCCAGGACCGCUUUGGCACGACUAUUGCGCUUGAGACCCUUGACGGCCGUUACGGAGAGCGUUACUUUGCCAGCAACCCCGAGACUCUCCGCCUCGUUUUGGCCGCCCACCCUAUCAUUCAGAUUGAGAAUAGGCACGACAACAUGACAACAGGUCUCGGCUCCGACUUGCGCAUACAAGCCCUAGAGGUCGUCCACAUAACACGCCGCGACCCUAACCAUUGUCCACUGCCUAGCAGCUCAAUAUGGCGUCGAAUCUUUGUUAAUUUCCUGCGCAAUGCCUCCUCCAGCUAUCUUGCUAUUGCCUUGUUGGGAUGGGGUCUGCUCAUUUGCACUGUUGUCGCGUCCUUUAUCUUGGAGGCCUGGAUUGCGUUGGCUUUUCUCUCACUUAUUCCCGUUACGGGUGUCGUUAUCGUCGCCCUGUACGGACGCCAGCCACGGCAGCUACUUGUCGGCAAGCCAAGCAUCUUUAACCGUCUCCUCGUCGUUUCUGAGCACAUGAACUCGACUGACUGGCUUGUCGUUUACGGCGAGAGCACUGUCGUCAACUCCCUCUUAAACCGACCGUUAGAGCCGACUGGGCCUCCACUUUCUCCUGCCGUCAUCGAGGCUUUCUACUGGUUGCUCCACAUCUUCAUCAUGGGCCAAUGGGCCCUUGCCCUUGGUGCAGCUGUGACCAAGAAUUCGAAUGCAUACAUUAUAUGCUUUUGGAUUGCGUUCUCUAUCUUUUCUCACGUUUAUCUCGUUACCCCCGAGAAAGGUGUGAGAGAUUGGUCAAAAGGUUAUGCCAAUCUGCGAGUAAAGCGAUAUGGCAUCAAGGUCAGCUCUCGCCGUGCCCUUCUCAAUACUAUAGUCGCAUUAAAUCCCGAUACUUUCUCGGUUGAUGAGGCGGGGACUCCAGACAUGACAAGCUUUCAUAGCGAGGGAAUCAAGUGGAUCGAUCCUGUUCUAACGCGGUCUGACAGCCGUACAAUGUGGGAGAAGGCCACUCGGGAGGCCAUGACCGAAGCCCAAUUGCAGAUAGCCGCAGUUGACAUCUCAUAUGCAUGGACCAGGGACUGGGCCAAAGACAUGACUUCGAUGGUCAACGCUAUCCCUAUGAGCCGCUGGAUGGAAUACGGAGGCAAGUCCGGAGUGAAGAUUCGGACUCAGCUCUUGGCGAUGAUGUCGCCGCCUAUCACCGACAAGGUUAAAAAUGUGCUUGAUAUUGGCACUGGUACUGGCACUUGGGCAAUAGCGACGGAACUGCACUGGAACGUUUGCAUCCUGCGCCGUCUGGACACGGUCGUCUCGCUGUACCGCUACACGCACGAUCUGCCUGACCCAGAGGGUUCUGAUGCGGUAGUAGCUGCCACUGGUGACACCCUCGUUGCCCAGGUCUUGACAGCCUCGACUACUGGGUCUGGCGCCGGGCACUGGUACACCAUGUCGCGCGUGUCUCUGUGGCAGUGUGGUGGUAGUGUCGGCACGGCGACGAAGCAGGCGGCCAGGAACAUUGCUUUGGCUAUGGAGUUUGCAGUCACGCACACAGGCCAAGCUGCACGCCGGGAUGUCUACCUACGCAGACCGUCCAGACACGAGCUAUAUGGACGGCCGUUGCAACAAUAA